AAAAAUUACCGAUAUACAUCAAAAGUACAUGGAAAACGAGAAAGAGAAGUUUGGCUUCAUUCAGAUAUUACUAGUGAUCAAAACCAAUUACUGUUACUGCAAACUGUCUUGACAUUUAGCCUAUGAUCUCCUUGAUUGACGUAAUUGUAAUAUGACUAACGUUCGGGCUAAUAUUAGUCAAAUGGUUUCACUCUUAUUAAGUUUUGCUUUUCCAAUUGGUCGAGGUGAAGAUGCUUUUAUAUUAGGUGCUACAUAGCAUUAACCAGAACUGUACACAAAAUCGAUAUAUUGUAAAAAAUGCAUUAAUACAUGCGCAGAAGGAACUUGCUAUCGUGAUUGAAUUCUUGACGCUAUAUUUCAGUAGACAGGCAUAUAAGACAUAUAUGAAUAUCCACAGAAACGUAUAAAGAUUGUAAUAAACGAUCAGAUUUAUACGAUCGAUAGCAGAAAGAAAAACAAAAACAAAAACAAAACUAUGCUACUUUUAGCCCAUAUCAGGACGCGGUGUGUUUCACAAGAAGCAAACCUGAUCCUAUGAUAAGGUGAAGGUUCCUGUUCCCACAUUUUUUUCCAUGGGAAUGUAAGGCGAGUGAGAGGAGGCUCGGCAGGACGUUGACGCACAUCGAGUCGGCCGAGAGAAGAGGACUCGGCUGAGGUGAAAGCGUCACUCCGAGACUCAGUUGAGCCAGGACAGUUGGUGGGAGUGGGGGCGCUAUGCUACGCGGAGUAUUCGGGUGACACUGAUUACAGAUGACGGAUGAUUUCUCGAGGACGGCAGUUAUAUUUCACAACACCAUUGAUAUCUGGAGAAGAAUCACACAAAGAAAGAUCGUGAGGGCAGACACCGUUGAAUGUUCGCUGGGGUCAUCGGCGCUGCACUUCUAGCCGAGCCAACGCCCUUAUUGCAGAAAACCAAUUUGUCUCUCCGGUAACAGGUGGAAAUGGCGCUGGCGACCAGGAUAUACUUUCUCGCUCUGGUUACGGUCGUCAUCAUCGUCUUCUGCGCUGCACCUGGACAUGGGCUGGAGUGCUUUCUGUGCAGCUACUCGCCCCGUGGCAACAGCUCCCGCAUGGACGGCUGCACGGACGCCAACUUCACGGAGGACCUGACGGACACUCGCACCUGCGCCAUUGGUUGCGAAUCUGUAGCUGUUUUUGAUCUCAAUGGUGAACUCGAAAGCUUCCAUCGUAACUGUGCAACAAACAGCACAAUCAUAACGAACUCCUGCGAAACCUACAAGACGAUUGUGCUCACUCGACACGUGUGCUCUUGCAACUGGUCGUAUUGCAACGUUGUCAGCGACAGUGGUCACAUGAUCACUUCAACUUUCUGGCUCAUUUUUGGACCAUCAUUAGCUUGCUUGGUUUACGCACUGUGAACUGUGAGAUGAAGUACUUAAUUAUGUUAUAGUGCUUAAGUCACAGAAUGGAAAUGGGAAAUUUGCAAGGACAUUUGGCAUGAUUAUACUCCUAAUGGCGGAAAGUUAGGGUGGUUUGGUCACAGUUAAUUGAACUUUGGAAGAGCCGUACCUGUAUUUUUAUCUACCGAAAUAUCAUUUGUGGGGGCAUUUCCGUCGAUAUAAGGAUUAAUACCAAUUUCGUUUUUACAGUUGCAUUGCGUAGGUAUAUUGAGAAACAAGAAAAAAAUCGCAGUUUGUUUAAGAAAUUAAAGCAUGGUAUACCAAUUGAAAGAACUCGAUGUAAACCUUAAUUGUCACCAUCUAAUAGAUUUGCAGGAAAGUAAGCUCCCAUGAACAAAAGAAUUCAGUGAAUGUGAUGAAAACACAAAACAGCUCUUUUCUAAUUGAGUACAACUCGUGUGUUCAAGUUAAAUUAAUUCAAUUCUUGAUAUUGAUUACUAAAAGCUCAUGUAAUUAUCACAAGUUUUGUCUUUGUCUUCUUAACAGAAUCAUAGUUCCUGUUAUAGGUUUUACCUAGUACAUAUAUUUUACCAAAAAGCAAUUUGUAUGAAAGAUCUAUUAGCAUUAAUGUGAAACGAAUAAGUGUAAUGUUCUGUAUUGCUUGGUAAUGCAUUGAUGCAAGGUUUUCAUAUUUCUAAUAAAUACUGCAUUAUAUGUUUUGUACACUUCAGCAGUGUUGUAUGUUGCAUAUUGACAUCAGAACGAUAAUUAAUAGCAAUACAAUUGGAUAGUUUACUGUACAACGUUUUGAGAGAGAGAGAGAGAGAGAGAGAGAGAGAGAGAGAGAGAGAGAGAGAGAGAGAGAGAGAGAGAGAGAGAGAGAGAGAGAGAGAGAGAGAGAGAGAGAGAGAGAGAGAGAGAGAGAGAGAGAGAGAGAGAGAGAGAAUAAUAAAGAGGGAAUCAUGAUAUUCACAAAAAAAUGCUUGAUGGUGUAAAGGUUGAUAGCUGGAUAGUUGGGCAUGAUCCUUUGUGAAAUGUGAUAGAUUAAUGAAAGCAAGGAGGGAGAUCCCGAGGCAGCAGGCUUAUUGAGUUGCUCCUGUAUUGUGUUUUGAGUGUAUCCUUCGUCGUUGCAUUUUGUUGCAACUCUGUUCUAAGUAUAUGACAGGUUCUGAAAGGGGGUUGUAGGUGCAUUAUUUAUGAUCUGCCUGAGAAUACUGGCUAAUCCACGAGAGGAACACAAGGUCCAGAACUCUGAAAGGAUCUCUGGAAAAACAUGUCAUGAGGGAGAAACAGAGUGAGAGAGGAAAAAUGAAGAUGAAGAAAGGGGAAAGGGAGGGACGCAGGAAUGAAAAGAGAAAAAGGAAGGAGUGGGGAUAAGGGAAGGGG